AUGUAUAGGAAUAUGUACACGUUCAAGGCUAGGUUGAAUGCAAAGGGUUAUACUCAAACUCAAGGGAUUGAUUAUGAGGAAACCUUUUCACUAGUAUCCAAGAUCAAGUCUGUUAGGAUAUUACAUUCCAUAACAGCCUUUCAUGAUUAUGAAACUGUUUUAGCUGCGGGAUUGGACACAACAUCUGCAACGUUAACAUGGGCUUUAUGUUUGUUGCUCAACAACCCAAGAAUAUUAGAAAUUGCCCAAUAUGAAUUGGAUGAGCAUGUUGGAAGGAAGAGAGAAGUAGAGGAGUCGGACUUGAAGAACCUUGUUUACCUUAACACAAUCGUUAAAGAAACACUGCGUUUAUACCCGCCUGGACCUCUAAUCCUUCAUCAUGAGUCCAUGGAGGAUUGCAUUACUUGUGGAUACAAAAUCCCUAAAGGCACACGUUUAUUGACUAAUCUUUGGAAAAUUCAACAUGAUCCUACUAAAUGGCCAGAUCCUGAAGAAUUUCAGCCAGAAAGAUUCUUGACAAGUCAUAAACAUGUUGAUGUCAAGGGAAGCAAUUAUGAAUUGCUUCCUUUCGGUAGUGGCAGAAGAGUAUGCCAUACUAUUCUGUUUGCUCUUCGGCCCUUGCAUAUAACUUUAGCUACUUUAAUACAACAAUUUGUUCUUAAAAAGCCAUCGAAUGAACCCAUUGAUAUGAGCAAAAGCGCGGGAGUGACUAUCAGCAAAGCAAUCCCACUUGAGGUCCUUCUCGCCCUCUAUUUAUCCCUUGAUAUUUACCUUGUUGUUGCAUGA